AUGUCAUCAUCGCCUGAACCCGAAUUAAUCUACGAUAGUGGUAGUGAUGGUUAUAAUCAGCUUGAUAACGAUAACGAUAACGAUAACGAUAACGAGCAUUUUAAUCCGGGCUCCGGAGGUUUAUUGCCUGGGGAUGUGGAUUUACAGAAAGAUACACACGACAACGCAGACGUCAACGAGGAAAAUGAAAAUUAUAACACCCAUAUUCAAGACACAGACAUUCCACUCCCCACACUCCCCUCCCUCAAGAGAAAAGCUAUGGACGAAGCCAGCGAUAGCCCUUCAAAGCUCACGAAAGCAAAAGCACAUACCAAUGCGCUUGACUCAGCUCAACGCCCUCGACAGUCAAAACCAGCUGAAGAAGAAUCACCCUUCUGGCCCAAAGCUGAGAGCAGAAACAGCCAAACUAAAUUCAAGAGACAGAGUUUAGUUGGUGUAAGUGGUGAUGGAGGUGAUGGUAGAAUCGAUGCUGAUGGCGAUACCACCGGUGGCAAUUCAAGACUUAAGCAGCUUUUCGCUAUCGGCGAUGCUCCACGCUCCCCUCGAACGGAGGUACUAAACAAACGGUUUCAGCAUCAGAACCAGGACCAGCAUAAAAAUCACGAUCAAGAUCACGACAAGGAAAACCCAUUCUAUGAUGCAUUUGUAGACGUACACGAGCAUCCUCAUCACAACUACGGUGAAGAUUUUCAUUCUGAUAGUACAACUGAUCCACGUCCUGUCAUUGUCAAGCACGAAUCAGACGUUGGUGCUGUGCGAGGCUGGUCACCUGGUGAAGAUGAGAAUGAGAAUGAGAAUGAGAGCGAGAGCGAUAGUGAUCAUCACAGCGAGGAUGAUAGCCAACGCAUCAAUAAUUACAUGCGUAGAAACAAGCAACGUGAGGAUGAUGAUAAUCUCAAUGGCUUCACAAUAUACACUCAAGACGAUGCUCAAAUCACCCGCAAUUCACAGCACUCGCUCAACGCAGCCCAGAAAUUGAAACAGACGAUUGAAAAUGUCCACAUCGUCUCUCUCGAUGCUCUGAUGGAGGCUAGCAGCGAGUCAGCGCAAUUCCUAGACUCGUCUGCAGCACCACUCAAACGUCUAUCUAAUAUAAUGGCUGAACAUUCACGCUGGAUUGAAACAUUCGUGAGAGUGGUAGACCAGAAGAAGCACAACGAAGCUAUAUUGUAG